AAGCAUCUGGCCCGGCUCCAAAAGCCGAAUAGCGUGACUUCUGUUUGCGAGUAGAAGAUCAGCCGCGAAGUCUCGCGCCUUUCGUUCAUUAUUCUCGCCGUGUGCCUGUCGCCUUGUUCCUCGAUAUCUAUCGAAUAACGAUCGCACAGCUCCGAGGAGCGUUUCGGACCCGACUCCCGUGACUUGGACAAGAAAAUCUUCGGAGCAACGUGACCGACCGUCAUCGGUCUAGCAGUCGCAGCACGCCGGAGAAGCGUAAGGCCGUAAAUGACGGAGCGUUAUGAGUCGCCUGAAGUGAACGUCGCGCUGACCAAGGAGGAGAUCCACAAGAGAUACCAGGACGCGGCUCUAGUCAUACACAAAGAGCAACAGACUACGCGGGAGGUGGUUAAUUAUUUAACUUUUGGGACCAGCCGUAGAACCAUGGAAUACAGCAAUUACGGGAAUCAACCAGUUAUCGUGAGGAGACCGGCCGGUUCCUUAGCGGUUCAAAGUACCGGAGUGUCCUCGCAGAUAUUGAGGAUAUAUCGAAAGCCUCGGGAUAGUUGUGUAAUUAAUUGAUGUCUAGUAUUAAAUAUUGUACACUAUUAUAAAGUAAAUGUUUAUGUAGUUUGCGAUAGUAUUCUACAUUUCUGUUGCGGAUUGUCGUUCUAAUCCGCUAGUUUGUUUACGUACCAUGGUAAAAGAUCGGAAACUUAUUUGUUCAAUAUAGAUUACAGUCUUCAUUGGUUAUAUUUAUAUACAUAAAUGUGUGUUUAAAUAUUUAUAUAACUAUAUUUAUACAAUAUAUCUCCUUUCGGCUGCACUCCCGUGAAUCGAUUUAUAAUUCGUUCGAUCGGUAGCAAACCUGCCCCGUUGGUGAUCAACGACUUGUUCAGGUCCAGCACUGAGGUUAAGAUAAAAUUUGAAACACCGCCUUAAGGUGUUCGUACGUACGCGCAUUAUGAGAAUAUAUGCAAGACUAAUAGCGUUAAAAUGAAUAGCGUUUCCUCUUCGUUUCCUUUCGGUUGCAAAAACAAGAGCACGAUUCACGAUUUCAUAUAAAAUAAAUAUGCAAUAAAAGAUGUGGAGAAUAAAAAGAUCAGCGAUCUCGAUCAGAGUGUCAGUCAAUGUUCACAAGGAAAGAUAGCGUCGGUCUUUCGGUUUUCUGAAUUUUUACAAGAAAUCCAUUGAUUGAUUGCAUUGGCGAGAAUUAUGAUGUAAGAAUAAAAUGUAAGAAGUUGUCAGGAUAACUCAUAUGUUCUGACAUCCAUUGAAGCGGCGUUUCCAAAGGUGGGACAAUGCCAUGUGUGAGCACCUUAACUGUAAGAGAAGUACAUACA